UCUACACUUCAUAUCUUACAUUUCUAUUAUCUAUAAAUACGUACAUAUUGUCAUGACAGCAGGAUAGCUUUACCCGAAUUAUAUGAAGCAAGGGUGGUGGAGUCUUCAACAGUUCCGCCACAUUUUGAAGACAUGCAUAGCCGAGAGGGACCUUUGGACUGGAAAGACCCUCCACACAAUGUACAUCAAAUCCCUCCUCAUCCCACCCUCUACCUACAUCUCCAACCACUUCAUCCUCCUCUACUCCAAAUGCGGCUGCCUCUCCAACGCCCGCAAGGCAUUCGACUCUACCCUGUCUCCCAAUGUCUUUUCUUACAAUGCCAUCAUUGCUGCGUAUGCCAAAGAAGCCCAGCCGCACACUGCCCACGACCUGUAUGAUCAAAUUCCCCAACCAGACCUUGUCUCUUAUAACACCCUCAUUUCUGCUUACGCUGAUCGUGGAGACACCGUACCUGCUCUUGAACUAUUUCUGGGCUUGAGAAGAACGGGGCUGGACAUCGACGCCUUUACAUUGUCAGGAGCCAUCACAGCUUCUUGUGAUGAUAUGAUAUUGAUUCUUCAGCUUCAUUCUUUGGCUGUUUCAGGCGGGUUUGAUGCAUUUGUUUCUGUAAAUAACACGCUUCUUACAUGUUACAGUAGAAACGGUCAUUUAGAUGAUGCCAAGAAAGUUUUUGAAGCAAUGGGAGAGAUCAAAGACGGGGUCUCCUGGAAUUCAAUGAUUGUUGCUUAUGGACAACAUAAAGUAGGGUCCAAGGCUCUAUCUUUGUAUCAAGAAAUGGUGAGCUUGGAGUUAAAAGAGGACAUGUUUACAUUAGCGAGUGUCUUAACUGCUUUUACAUCCAUGGAGGACUUUCUUGGUGGCCUUCAGUUUCACGCUCGCCUUAUCAAGAUGGGGUUUCACCUGAAUACCCAUGUUGGUAGUGGCUUGAUUGAUCUUUACUCCAAAUGCAGCAAAGAAGGUAUCCCGGAUUGCAAAAAAGUAUUUCAAGAAAUCCCCAAUCCAGACUUGAUCCUUUGGAACACCAUGAUAUCUGGUUGUUCCCUCUUCAAUGACUUUUCUGAAGAGGCUGUUGCUUACUUUAGGCAAAUGCAGCGUGUGGGCCACCAACCCGAUGAAUGCAGUUUUGUUUGUGUGAUCAGUGCAUGUUCUAAUCUUUCCUUGCAAGGGAAACAGGUUCACUCUUUAACAAUCAAAUCAUACAUCCCAGCAACCAGAACCCUCACUGUCAGUAAUGCUCUUAUCACAAUGUAUUCCAAGUGUGGAAAUCUACAAGAUGCCAUGAAAAUAUUCGACAGAAUGCCCGAACACAACAGUGUGUCCUUCAAUUCCAUGAUCGCAGGCUAUGCUCAGCACGGGCAUGCCAUGGAGUCCCUCAUACUCUUUGAGAAGAUGCUCAGAGGGAAUAGUAAUAAUAGUGGCAUGGGGCCCACAAGUAUAACAUUCAUUUCGGUCCUAUCUGCAUGUGCACACACUGGAAGAGUUGAGGAGGGUAAGAAGUAUUUUGGUAUGAUGACUGAGGAAUUAGGAAUCAAACCAGAAGUAGAGCAUUAUUUAUGCAUGAUUGACCUUUUAGGGAGAACUGGAAAUCUUGAAGAGGCAGAGAGUCUUAUAGACAGCAUGCCAUACAAUCCUGGGACUAUCGGGUGGGGAACAUUGCUUAGAUCUUGUAGAAUCCAUGGAGACACAGAGCUAGCAUUGAAAGCAGCCAAACACUGUCUUGAGCUGGACCCCACAAAUGCAGCUCCAUACGUCAUGCUUGCAAAUAUCCACGCCAGUGCUGGAAGAUGGGAAGAAGUAGCAGCCAUAAGAAAACAAAUGCGUGUUAAGGGGGUUAAAAAGAAACCGGGUCAUAGUUGGAUAGAGGUGGACAAGAGGAUCCACACAUUCGUAGCGGAAGAUCAUUCUCAUCCGAUGAUAAAGGAGAUAUAUGUCUUUUGGGAAGAGAUGUCAGAAAAGAUGAAGCAAGCAGGGUAUGUGGCAGAUUUAAAGUGGGUCCUCGUUAGAGACGAUGAUGGGGGCAUUCGUGAGGAAGAGAAGGAGAGAUGCCUGAGGCAUCACAGUGAGAAGUUGGCUGUUGCAUUUGGGCUCUUAUCAACAAAAGAAGGGGUGCCUAUACUCGUCCUUAAAAACUUGAGGAUAUGCGGUGACUGUCACAAUGCUAUCAAAUUUAUUACUGUUAUAACUGGACGUGAGAUUACUGUUAGGGAUUGCCACAGGUUUCACUGUUUCAAGGGUGGCCUAUGUUCUUGUGGGGAUUUCUGGUGAUACAUUUUGCUACAAAUAUCUGUUCCGGAUAUGUUCAAGCUGGAUUUUUUUGGAUAUAUAUAUACUCAUGCCUGAAGAUGUUGCUAAAAGUGUAUGAUCAUGACGGCCAGCUAUACGAACCCUGAAGACGAUAAUUCAGCAAACAUCGCUUAUACAGAACCCUAGCUAUCUGCUCCAAAUAUGAUCCUCUGCUAUCUGCUUCAAGCCAUACCUUCGCUAUCCGUCACACCAUAAUUCAGCAAACUUUGAUCUCGCCUGAAUUUUUAGCUAGUCUGCUUGUCUCUACGCGUAGAAAUGGGAAAUCUGGCUCAUAAGGAAGAUGAGAUUCUAAAGUUGAGAGAGUUUAUCUCAAAUUCAACCCAGGACAAAUCAACCUGUACCAAUUUAGUAAGAUUUCCGAAGGAAGAUGGGAUUCUGCCGCUGAGAGAGUUGUGGCUCAGGUUCAAUGAGGAUAUGUUCCAUAAGCUUCCCAUAGAUGUGGGUAUCGGUCCAGUGAAGUUAUUCUUCGACAUAUCAAGAACGAUUAAAGACUCUAGAGAUCCCAGGGUUUGAGGAAGUUCACUGUGAAGUUGGUUGUUGCUCAGUCGCAUACGCUUCAAGUUGAGAUAGAUGCCAAAAGAAUCAGAGAGCUUUCCAGUGAACCGGUUGUUAUCCAAAUCAAUAUAGAUUAGGCUUGAGCAGUUCUCCAAGACGGUUGGAAUCUGGCCCCCGAGUGUGUUGUUACUCAGUAUCAAGUAUUCAAGUUUCCCACUUUGACAAAUAGUGUCUGGUAAAGUGCCAGAGAUUUGGUUUUUAUAAAGGUUUAAAUAUACUAAAUUCUGCAAACCGCCAAUGGAAGGCGGGAUUUCGCCAGUGAGCUGAUUCUGGUGCACUUGAAGUUCCUGGAGGUUCUUUAAGCUUCCCAACUCUGGUGGGAUUCUCCCACUAAGUUUAUUCUGGAAGAGGUAAAGAUAUGUGAGAUUCUGCAGUUGACCAAACGAAGAUGGGAUUUCGCCACUCAACUCAUUCAUGCAAAUAGUCAACUCCUUCAGUCGUGAGAGGUUUCCGAGCUCGGCCGGGAUGGGCCCCUUCAGCUGGUUGCUAUCCAAGUAAAGCACAGAAAGGUUAUGUAGGUUCCCGAACUCUGGAGGAAUGGGUCCAGACAGAGUGUUGUUGUAGAGCUGCAAAGAGCUCAAGUUGGUCAAGUUUCCCAGUGAAGCUGGUAUUGGACCGUCAAGAUUGUUAAAAACCAGAUAAAGCUCAACAAGAGACGUCAAGUUGCCCAUUUCAUACGGAAUCUGACCACUCAAAAAAUUUGAAGAGAGAUCGAGAGUUUCAAGACUAGUUAAAAGGCCAAUUUCAGGUGGGAUAGUUCCAGUAAGAUUGUUCACCCCCAGGAAAAGCCCCUUGAGUUUGGUCAGGCUGCCAAUCUGGGGUGGGAUGGCUCCACUAAGAUUGUUGGCUGAGAGUUCAAGUUGGAUGAGUUUGGCCAGGUUGCCAAUCUGGGGUGGGAUGAUUCCGCUAAGAUUGUUGGCUAAAAGGACAAGCUGCGUGAGUUUGGACAGGUUCCCGAGCUCUGGAGGAAUGGGUCCAGAAAGAGCGUUGUUAUAGAGAAGUAGGGAUUUCAAGUUGGUCAACUUUCCCAGUGAAAGUGGUAUUGGACCGUCAAGAUUAUUAUCAAACAGAAGAAGUUCAACAAGAGAUGUCAAGUUGCCCAUUUCAACCGGAAUCUGAUCACUCAAAGAAUUUGAAAAGAGAUAGAGGAUUUGGAGACUAGUUAAAAGGCCAAUCUCAGAUGGGAUGGUUCCAGUAAGAUUGUUAACUGCCAGGUAAAGACUCUCGAGUUUGGUCAGGUUGCCAAUCUGGGGUGGGAUGGCUCCACUAAGAUUGUUGAUCGCGAUGUUAAGAUUGAUGAGUUUGGAUAGAUUCCCAAUUUGGGGUGGUAUGAUUCCAUAGAAGUGAUUGUAGGCGAUAUCUAAAUAUUUUAGAUUUGGGAGAGACUCAAAAGGGAAACUGUUGAGGGUACCGUUGAUACUUGAGUUUCUCAAGUCCAAACCGAUGACAUUUCCAUUAAUGCAUUUAAUUCCAGACCAACUACUGUUGUCGCCGCUGCAUGGGCUGUUACCGCUUGAAAGCUUCCAUGAACCCAAGAAGUUGGUCUGGUUCUGAAAAGUGGACUUCCAGUUCAGCAGACCCUUUCCCUCAUCAAAGGAAGAAUGAGAAGAAACAUGCACAGAUAGCAAUAUUAUGGGGAGGACCAGACAAGAAAUGAAAGCUAAAAGAGGCCUGCUUGGCGGCGGUCUUGCUACAACUAAAAGAUUCAUUUUUGUAUGUAGUGCGCAGGCAAAGGGCAGUUUAUUGAUGGAUUUCUUUGUGAAUGGUUUCACUUUGAGAUCAAAUAACCACCGGUAUUUAUUUAUAGCCAACAGCCCAACAUUUAGACCUUGUUUAUUCAAAUGGAUGAAACUCGGGUUAAAAUGAUUG